ACUAUUAGUACUAUCGCUAGCCUAAAAUUGUAAUUUAAUAAUAAUUUUAUUAUAUUCAGGAUGAAGAUCCUCAUACUUUCUUUAUUUUUCUUCUUUUUUAUGGUAACUCAUGGAAGUUUUAUUAGUAAAAAAGGUAAUAGUGAACAUGAUCAUUUUUUAAGAGGCCUGAAAGAUCCUGAUGAAUCAAAUACUAACUGGACUGUGGAAUACCUGGUCGAGUCUUAUGGCUAUACAAUAGAAACUCACACGGUCACCACUUCCGAUGGUUAUAUUUUAACAUUGCACAGAAUUCCCAGUGGCAGGGCUUCAGAGGAAAAAAAUGGCAAAGUUGCAUUCCUUCAACACGGAAUUUUAUGCUCUGCAGCAGAUUGGAUAGUAAUGGGUCCCGAAAAAUCUCUAGCGCUUAUGCUGGCGGAUGAGGGAUAUGAUGUUUGGCUAGGUAAUGCCAGAGGUAAUACAUGGAGUAAAAAACAUGUGAGUCUAGACACCAAUGAUUCCGAGUACUGGCAAUUUUCGUGGCAUCAAAUUGGAGAUAUUGAUUUGCCUACUAUGAUUGAUUAUGUUUUGGAGCAAACAGGAGUAUCUCAGGUGUAUUAUGUUGGUCACUCGCAAGGAACAACCGUAUAUUACGUGAUGUUAUCCAUGCAUCCUGAGUAUAACAGUAAAGUUAAGAUUGGAGCAUCACUUGCCCCUAUUGGAUAUAUGAACCAUAUGACGGGGCCACUUCUUCGUGCAAUUGCUCUCUUUACGGACGAGUUAAAUGUACUAGGAACUCUUAUUGGAGUGGAUGAGUUUGCACCGACCAGCGAUUUCUUCAAGUAUAUAGCAGGAGAUGUUGUAUGUACAGAGAACUCUGUAACCCAAUUGUUAUGCGAAAAUAUUCUGUUUGCUCUUUGCGGAUUUGACUAUCAACAGCUAAACGACACUCUCCUACCAAUAAUUUUAAAAUACCUUCCGGCUGGUUGUUCAACUAAGCAACCUAUACAUUAUGGACAGGAAAUUAACUCGGGGUACUUCCGGCAGUACGACUACGGACCUAUUUUAAAUUUGGUGUACUACAGCAGCCUUUUCCCUCCAAGUUACGAUUUAUCUAAUAUCGUUACACCAACUUACUUAUAUUAUAGCCUCAAUGACUGGCUGUCAGCAGAAACGGAUGUUUUACGUUUGUGUGAGGAGAUGGGUUCGGCCUGUAAAGGAACAAUACUUAACAAUGAAUAUAAUUUUAAUCAUUUGGAUUACCUCUAUGGCAUAAAUACAACUAGGCUAAUUAAUAAUGAGAUUAUAAGUUUGUUUGGAACAGAAUAAAUAACUUGUGAUA